AUGCCGAUAUCCGAGUACAAACUAUGUGUCUUUGGUUCUGGCGGUGUUGGAAAGUCUUGUUUGACAAUGCAAUUUGUUCAAGGCAUCUUUAUGCCAAAAUAUGAUCCGACAAUUGAAGAUGUCUAUAAAAAAACAGUCGAAAUCGAUGAAAAACAAUAUUCACUUGAAAUACUCGAUACAGCAGGAACUGAAGAAUUUUCUGCUAUGAGAGAUUUAUAUGUUAAAAAUGGGCAAGGUUUUGUUCUUGUCUAUUCAAUAACAUCUCAAGCAACAUUUAAUGAUUUAAACGAAUUUUAUGAUCGAAUCAUGCGUAUUAAAGAUACUGAACUUCAUGGCCAACCACCACUUAUACUCGUAGGAAAUAAAAGUGAUUUAGAAGACGAAAGAGUUGUUGGCCGUGAAGUUGGUCAAGCAUUAGCAAGAAAAUGGAAAAGUAGUUUUCUUGAAACAUCUGCUAAGGAUCGUGCAAAUGUUAAUGAAAUAUUUUUUGACCUGGUUCGACAAAUUAAUCGAUCACCAAAUAUUGCUUGCAGUCGAUCACAAACCAAACAUACUACACAUGAAAAUGCAUCUAUUAGCAAAGCACGAAUGUUAGGCACUUUGCCAGCAAAGAGUCAAUCAGAUUCACAGAAACAUUUGCGUAAACAUCGGAGUGGUAAAUGUAUUAUUCUCUAA